AUGAUUCUGACCUCUCCAUUAUUUCACUUCGGUCACAUGAGCCUUAACCUUGGCAAGUUUGCUGAUCUUCUAAAGGAAGAUCCACACAGUACUCAAUGUCAUCCUUUAGUUAAGACCUGGGGAACAAGUAACUCAGUUAAAACCGAAUCCACAGACACUUAA